UUCAUGGUUUUAUUUUCGUAGAGUUUUAUGUCAUAGUAAUAUGGAAUUUAUAUCUCACGAUUGUAUUUCUCUUUAGCUGAUAUAUUAAAAUUAUCUGGGAAACACAAGUGUACAACCUGAAUAAUAAAGAUCUUCAUUCACGAAGGGAGGUGAAAAAUAUCUUGGUCAGAAAAUCGUAUGACUAUAGACAUUCAAUGACAUUGUCAGUCUUUGUAAAGAUUUUAUUGCGAGCUAUUCCACCGUGAAAACGAUUCUAACGUGUACUGCAAUAAAAAAUAUUUUCAACAAAAUUGAUUGACAGCUGAACGUUUUAAUUGUACUGGAAAUAAUCGGAGAAAGUUUAUAAUGCGCGUGUUAGAUUUUACACUUAAGCUUUUAACAAGCUGUGGUUGCUGGAUACCGGAUUCUUGGACAUCUCUUCACAAACGUUUGUUGUAUCAUGCAUAUACAAUUUUUAUAUUUGUACUAAUAAGUACGUUUACACUGUCGCAAUUUUUGGACUUGAUCCUGAUAGUAGACAAUGCUGAUGACUUCACCAAUAAUUUUUACAUGUUGCUUGCCAUGAUAAUUUCAUGCUCUAAAAUGUUUAGUCUGUUAAUCAAUCGUAGUAAUAUCGUGUUGCUGACGGAUAUUCUUAGGAAGAAACCGUGUAAACCAAUCGAACCAGACGAAGUGGAAAUUCGACAGAAAUUUGAUAGACUUAUUGAGAUGAACACGCUACAUUAUGCAAUUCUAGUUCAGCUCUCAAGCUCGUAUGCGACUGUACAAUCAUUUUUCACGGCCUACUGGGAGAAAAAGUUAACAUAUAGAGCAUGGCUACCAUUCAACUACUCAACGACAAUUCUUUUUCACUUUAUAUAUUUCCACCAGUUAAUAGGCCUGUUUGUCGGAGGUAUUCUACAUGUUGCUUGCGAUAGUAUAAUAUGUGGACUACUAUUGCAUGUAUGCUGUCAAUUAGAGAUACUGAAUUCUCGUUUGAAGAGAGUCGUAUACAACCCAAAAAUUCUUCGGGACUGCGUUGUUCAACACAAUCUUAUAAUGAGGUUUGCUGUUAUGGUAAAUAAAAAAUUUAGUUUGACCAUUACCUCACAAUUUAUAGUAAGUACGAUGGUGGUGUGCGUUACUUUAUAUCAAUUGACACAAAUGAAUGCAAUUCGUCCGGUCAUCCAAUUAGGAUUGUACAUGUCGUGCAUGCUGACACAAAUCUUUUUGUAUUGUUGGUAUGGCAACGAAGUCAGAUCGAAGAGUUUGCAAUUGAUCAAUAAUCUAUUCGAGAUAGACUGGCUCGAACUGGAGCCAGAUGUAAGGAAAGAAAUUUUAACGAUCUCAAGAUGUGGUAACAUCCCUAUCGAAUUGACGAGCGCCUACAUUAUUCCCUUGAAUCUCGAUUCGUUCGUGGGUUUGCUCAAGACGUCGUACUCAACUUAUAAUGUUCUUCUGCAAAUGCAAGAUACAAGUAUAAAACAAGAUUUUCGAUGUGAAAAGAUAAACGAGAUCAAAAUUAUAAUGUACCUAUUACGAUUUACGUUCAAAAUUUUAUCGGGUUGCGGUUGUUGGAUACCAGAUUCCUGGACGUCUCCGCAUAGACGCUUAAUGUAUCAUAUGUACACUAUUUUUAUACUUUUAUUGAUCAAUACAUUUACGUUGUCGCAAUUCUUGGAUAUAAUUCUGACCGUCGACAAUCCGGAUGAUUUCAUGGAUAAUUUUUACAUGCUACUUGCCAUGAUAGUUUCUUGUUUUAAAAUGUAUAGCCUGUUAAUAAAUCGUAGUAACAUUGCCAUGCUAAUAGACAUUCUUACGAAUGAACCGUGCAGAGCAUGCGAUCCAAUUGAAGUGGAAAUACGACAAAGAUAUGAUAAACUUAUUGAGACAAACACGUUGCAUUAUAUGAUUCUGGUUGAAUUGACAUGCGCAUCCACGGCGGUGGCAUCAUUGUUCACGGAUUACAGGAAGAAAAAGUUAACCUUCAGAGCGUGGCUGCCAUUCGACUAUUCUUCAACAACACUUUUCCAUUUUACGUAUUUUCAUCAAUUAAUAAGUUUGACAGUUGGAUCGAUCUUACAUGUUGCUUGCGACGGUCUUAUUUGCGGAUUAUUGUUACAUAUAUGCUGUCAACUAGAAAUAUUAAGUUGUCGUUUGAAAAAUAUCGUACAUAAUCCGAAACUAGUUCGCAAUUGUGUUACUCAACACAACAUUCUAUUUAAGUUUGCUUUUCUAUUGAAUAAAAAAUUUAGGUUUACUAUUACCUUUCAAUUCAUAGUAAGUACAUUAGUGGUGUGUUUCACUUUAUAUCAGAUAACAAAAGAAAGUGGAAAAUUUGUUGAAUUAGGAAUGUACAUGUCGUGCAUGUUGACGCAAAUUUUUUUGUAUUGCUGGUAUGGAAAUGAGGUCAAGUUGAAGAGCCUACAAUUAGUCAAUGAUCUAUUUGAAAUAGAAUGGCUUACUUUAGGGCGUGAAGCAAGAAAGAAUUUACUAAUAAUUGCAUUACGCGGUAGAAAGCCAAUUGAAUUUAGUAGUGCCUACGUUAUACCAAUGAAUUUGGAUUCAUUUGUGGGUUUGCUUAAAACAUCGUAUUCGACUUACAAUAUACUUCAGCAAACGCAAAACGACCAAACCAAAUAGGAAAACAAAGUUGUUAUAUAUA